AUGCUACUCACCGCGAUAGAUUCUCCCACCCUGAUUCCAAGCGAGCCUAGGUUCGCCCAUGCAAACCCCGAUGUGCACAUAGCUGAAAAGCCUGUCACUAUUGAGGAUCUAUCCCUACUGUCUCAAGAACUUUCCGAGCUGGAUGUCCCCAAAGGUGGGGCUCUCCACAAGGGCGGCCACAUAUCAUCGCUGGACGUCCAACCCCAACCCCAACAUCACCCACAUCCACACCCACAUCAAUCCCGCCAGGUACAAGAACACACCUCAUACCCUCACCAGCAAGCUCCAGACUUCUCGAAUCAUCUGUCAUCCACGUAUCCCACUUACCCCUACAACCAGCAUCAGCACAUCUCCGUCGUACAGCGCGAACAUAGAUGGUCCAUACCAAUGGCAUUGCAGUUUAAGCCACCGCCUGAACAGGCGGACACGUUGCGAAUGAUGCCCAACGGAGAACAGACAGCGAGGUUGCCCUACCCUGGCCACCAUAUAUUUCCGACCAGCAGGGUACAUACAGGAUCCACAAAUCCUACGGCUACCUCUCAGUCCUUUGAGGCUACAAAACCUCAACUUUCUUCCACUCCGACGGAACAGUCUAAGGAGUACUUUUCCGCGAUCAUGAACAAAGAUCAUGUGACAUAUCCAGCGAUUUUACCGAAGCAGAAUCACGCCUCAGACACCUCAUUGGGAGAUGCAUCACCACCAUUACCACUGCCCUCCGUUUCUGAAGUUAGCUCUAUCUUCACCUUAGAGCUGAUCCACGAAGAUCUAUGGAACCUUUUUGAUCAGAAUCACAAUGAGAUGAUCAUAACGCGCUUUGGACGCUGUCUCUUCCCAUCCCUCAAGUUCAAGCUAUCUGUAGGUCCACGCUAUCGCCAGAGCAUCUCUGGCUCUUCAGUGAUACAGCAUAACGGCGCGGGCUCUGCAGACGAACCGCUUAUCGCCUUUGGACUACAGCUUAUCAAGACAUCUGCUGAGAAACUCAAAUUCCGCCAAGGCUCCUGGAUUCCAAACCACAGACAUGGCAUGAAAUUUCAGUAUGGCAACCGUUUUUCCUCCGAUGCAACUGCCACGAGUAGCCCCACAAAGUCAGGAACAUCCACUGCUGCCCCUGCUAACCAGGUAGUAUAUUGGCAUCCCUCUGGCGUUCAAUCGCUUUCUUUCUGGGCCAAAUACGGACUAUCCUUUCUAGAUGCCAAACUGGCAAAUGGGAAAAAGUCUGCUCCACAACCUGCGGCUUCGGAAAAAGUCUCCGCCAUAGAUAAGAAAGGACCUAAGAUGCCUCUGAUUGCCCCUGGAGGUGAGGCCACCCUCAUAAACUGCCCCUUGGGUGUGCUUUUCCAGCUGGAGUCCUUUUACGAAUACACACCGAAAGUUGUUUGCAAGGUUUAUUCGAUAGGGGAAAGUGGCUCGCGUGUACGACAUGGAGCCUCUCCACUUCCAAUACCGGGUUCAAACCCUUCGUACCGCCCUUCCCUGUCUGCAGAGUUUCUCUUCUCAAAAUGCUCCUUCAUUGCCGUGACACAUUACCAAAACGCUGCCAUCAAUAUGCUCAAGAAGCAGUACAAUCCGCAUGCAAAGGGCUUCAUUCCAGACUCAUCCACCGUUUCGAUGCACCAUCUUACUGAAGACGAACAAGAAAGUGAGGACAGAGUAGAUGCCGAAGAAAAUGUUGAGCAGGAUUCAGAUGAAGACGAGGUGGAUGGAAUAACUUCUGGCGCAUCUUAUGACCUCAAGAAGGGAGCAGGGACAUCUUAUGGCCUCAAGGAGGCAGGAGGGACAUCUUAUGGCCUCAAGGAGACAGGAGGGGCAUAUAAACCGUCAGGGCGUAUCUACCCCGCAAAGAUACCUUCACCCUCCGGCUUUGAAUCCCCUUCUCAAGAGCCGCAAUCAUUGCAUGCCUCGGCAUACUAUGGUGCAGCCCCUAUUCCGGCCGGGUCUACAUAUCACUUGUCUGAUUAUCAGCUAAGCAACACCUUUCGCCAACGCCAACAUGCAUACUCGCUUCCAUACAGUGCACCUCAAAAUGCUGACAAUGUUUCUUUCAACUCGUCAAAUAAUUUCCCCGGGGACAGAGCUUCCCACCCAACACCAACAUCUGGUACACAAGUACGCAGAUAUCCCCAGCAACUGAGCACGGGAAGAUUUUCUGCUUCUAUGGAUGCAUAUUUACCUGCAGAGCUUGAAGACACAGGAGCGGCUGUCGCUGCAGCCUUACUUGCUUCCUGGUAUACUCAGAAGCAGCAGAAUAAAUAA